AUGAACGAGUCCUCGCGAGUUGCCACUGGGCGUCUGUUCCUAUUCGCACAAGAAAUUGUAGAUCCUCAGAGACCGGAAUUUCUGAGAGAUAUGAUUGAUCAUAUGGCUCAACAUGGAGCGAAUGCUAUUAUGCUUGUGUCCUUUCAAAAUUCUCUCAUAAAUAUUACAAUGUUGUCCCCAUUUGUCGAGCCAAGAGGUGGAUGGUUGCAGUGGAUUAAUAUCGAAGGCGUCCCAGACCCAGCAAUUAUUGGAGAAUUCAGAAGGCCUAGAGAAAUGGGUGCACUUCGAGCUACAGAAGUUCUACUUGACGUGUGUCGAAUUAUGGUGCCUGAACUCUUGGCACACAUGUCUGCUCACUUGGUGACACUUGGCGCCAACUUGGAAACACAUUUGCCAGUGUUCGACCUGGUAGUUAGGACACUUGCUGCCCUUGCAAAUGCUCUGCGCAUGCCGAAUAGAAGAUGGAGACGAGUCCAGGGUCAAGGUGGGGCUGGCGGAGGGGGCCCUGGUGCUCCACCAGGCCCCCCGCGCCCCCCAAGAUCACCAAGCCCUCUUCCAGGAUUUUCAAGGCCAUUUUCUCGCAUUUCUCAAGUUUUCUCGUCCGCGAGAAAACAUGAAUUUUGAAACAGCCAGCGAGCACGUGAAAAUUUGAAAAUUCCUUAUCCAAGAGACUUUUAGAAAUUAAUUUCCAGACGGAUGCUCUGAAUGCAACUUAUCUCGUCAAGCAUUUCGGCCCAAAAUUCGUUACUCCGAAGCUCAACGAACUCCCAUCAGAUGUGCUCAUUCACAUCUUCAAAUUCGUCGGCACCAAGGAGCACAACCCAAAACCGGCGGCUUUUCAGCAGAAUUUUCCGCCCUGCCACUCGGAGCACACUGAUGAGCACGCCGUUCGAAAUUUGAUGUCUUUUAGAAGAGUUUGCAAGAGUAUUGAUGAUGGUAUCAAUAAUAAUAUGGUUCCCGGAGCACCUUAUGAUCAAUGUCCCAUUUAAAUCAAGAUUCAGACAAAAUCGAUCUAUUUCGAGCGAAUUUUGGAUUUCAACUAUUCCGAAUCAAUCGAUAUUAUCAAUUAUAUCCAGGAUUUCUUGUGCUCAAUCGAUUCUCCGGCCAAUGUCUACUUCAAUUCUGAAGUUUUCGACCCAAAUGUCGUGCUUUUCGGUGUAAAUGGCCGUCAAAAUGAUAAUGUUAAUGGCUCUCAGCAGAUUCAAACAAAUCAAAUAAAACAAGCGGAACUUCGUCAGCGCCGCUUCAUCAAUGUUGUGAACAAUCUCGUGACGCCUGACGCUGAUAAUGUGAAGAAAAGCGACGUCAAAUUCAUCAAAAAACGCCGCAGAGCCAUGAAUUCUAUCAAAAAGCACGUGGAUAUUCGCACAAAAUCCCGUUCCAAAAGUGUCAGAAAAUCGACUCGUUGGCAUUUGAGAAAAGUAUUCGAUUUGAUUGGAAAAGAGCAGUGCCGUUCGAAAAAUGCAAUGAUUUAUCAUUUAAAAAAAAAUCGUUGAAAAAGAUAACCGGAGUCGCCGUGGAGCGUACACUGAUCAACGAGACGUCAAAACUAGAUGAAUGAGUUUUCGUCGAAUUCGCCUCCACAUCCGACUGUCAACGUGCUCAGGCUGCUCUGACCGGACGAAAAUUCGCGAAUCGCACCGUCGUCACCUCGUACUAUGAUGUCGACAAGUACCACAAUCGUCAAUUCUAAUU